AUGUUUGACCGGGACGAUUGUCCCGAGCAUGGUCAUCGAGAUGACUGGGGGUUUGAUAUCCUGCAAUUCACCACGCAUAUCCUAGGCGCUCGACCCGUGGAUCAACUUCGUUAUCGCAACCGCACGCGUUUGAAGUACCUUUUUGAAGCUAUUAACAUUGCCAAGGAUUUGGCGCGCCUGCUGGAUAAUACUGGCGGGACGACCGCGGUGUUAGUAUGCGUAAGCGAUCCGAUACGUGUAGCUGUACGUCAUAUCAUCCACCAGAGAGCGAGUGGUCACCUCCGGCUGAUUGACCUGGACCUGGAACCUUCUUGCCCGUGGUGGACAAACGAUGAUCCGUUCGACCCAACUUCAGCCGAGACUGGUACCGGCUCCGGGCCCGUUUGGACGCCCGCUUCCUCAUCAAACACGCGUAGCACCCCUUCGCAGACCAGGCGGCUCUUAGGAGAAACGCUCGUCAACGAGAGACGAUCCUGGCAGGGUGAUCAGCUGGCUGGUGGGGGCCCGCGUUCUAAUCACCAAAGGUGGGUCCGGCAGAAAAUCAUCGAAGGCGGCUUCUAA